AUGCUGAGCCUCAAGUUGCCCCGGCUGCUCAGCAUCCACCAAGUGCCUAAGGGGUACCGGGAGCAGGGGAUCCUCUUCGGGUACCGCCCCCCCAGCAGCUCGGCAGCUGACUGCAUCCUCAGCAUCUUCCAAAUGACCAACGAGACCCUCAACAUCUGGACACACUUUGUGCCCGCCUGGCCGUGCCCCCCCCUUGCCUCCCUCCUGCCCUGCUGCAUCUCCCCCCUCGCCUCCAGCUGCGCCCACACCUUCAGCACCAUGUCCACCCGCGCCCGCCACAUCUGCUACUUCUUCGAUUACGCGGCGCUCAGCAUGUACAGCUUGGGGUCUGCGCUGGCAUACUCGGCAUACGUUUUCCCAGCAGAUUGGGUCAACAGCACUUUCCACCACUGCUACGUCCCCAUUGCAGUGUUUAACACUGUCGUGAGCACCAGCCUGUCCUGCUACUCCAGGUAA